CGCGUUCAGAGGCAGUGGUGAUCAGCGGCCUGGUAAUGGUAAGAUGCGGUGACGGCGUACGCAUAUCGAGAGAGACAGUCGGGGAAGGUUGUUGUCUUCUGAGGAUUUAGAAGGCUAGCAAGAUCGUCUCGAUAUGUUUUAAUAGCACAAUCAUAUUUUUUGGAAAUUCUGUUACGCAUUUGACAUAGACGACUGUCAUUUGCAAAACAUCACAAAAGGAGCAAUGUAGCUAGUUGGGCCCCGCCUGACCAAAACCAGAGUUUCCAGGGUGUGGAGUCUGGGCCCCUUGUGCCCCCUGUGCACGUCCCAGACCCCGCCCCUUUCCCAAUCCCCACCCCCGUCCCCAAAGCCCCGCCUCAACCCCCCCACCCCACCCCCCUCCCCCCCGGAAAAGGAUCGCCAUGACAACGGGGGAGUGCUGCCACCUGCCGGGGUCUCUGUGUGACUGUGCGGGGAACACGGACCUGUCGAAAAGCCUGGAGGACUCGGACGUCCGGCAGGCCCAGUACAUCACGCAGGUCACAGCCAAGGACGGCCGGCUGCUGUCUACUGUCAUCAAGGCCCUGGGAACGCAGAGCGACGGCCCCAUCUGCCGGAUCUGCCAUGAGGGGGGCAGCGGGGAGGGGCUGCUGUCGCCGUGCGACUGCACCGGCACGCUGGGCACCGUGCACAAGACCUGCCUGGAGAAGUGGCUGUCCUCCUCCAACACCAGCUACUGCGAGCUCUGCCACACCGAGUUCACUGUGGAGCGCAGGCCCCGCCCCCUCACAGAGUGGCUGCGGGACCCGGGGCCGCGUAACGAGAAGCGCACGCUGUUCUGCGACAUGGUGUGCUUCCUGUUCAUCACGCCGCUGGCCGCCAUCUCGGGCUGGCUGUGCCUGAGGGGCGCGCAGGACCACCUGCACUUCAACAGCCGGCUGGAGGCCGUGGGGCUCAUCGCCCUCACCAUCGCGCUCUUCACCAUCUACGUCCUCUGGACGCUGGUGUCAUUCCGCUACCACUGUCAGCUGUACUCGGAGUGGAGACGAACCAAUCAGAAGGUCCGGUUGCUCAUUCCCGACACCAAGGGGGUGCACUCUACCCAGCAUUCCUUGCUCUCCACCAAGCUGAUGAAGAAGACGGCGGACGAGACCAUCGUAUGAGCGGGGGAGGGGCGGGGGGAGGGAAUUUGGACACCCUUUUGUUGUCCCUCCUUCCCCCACUCUGUCUUUAAUUCCUCUUUUUUUCUCUUUGUAUUUUUUUGUUUUCUGUGCCUCGCGUUCCCUCCCUCUCAUCUCCUCUUGGGUGUUUUUUUCGGAAGCCCAGACCCGCAGCUCCACCCCCCCUCCUUUAUCGAUGAUGCUAGUGGCCUGUUUACCCCCUCCCAUUGGUUUUGGCUCCAGGUUUGGGGACCCUGGGCA